AUGGAACAUGAAGACUACACUGACAUCAGUGGCAAACCAAUAUCUCUGGACUGUCAAAACCAUUGCAGUUUUUGCCGUGAGUUUACUGUCAGCUCGCCCAAAAUGUCUAUCGCCAAGGUGAUGGCGUACACCUGUACCGUUUGGCUAGCUGCUUAUACGGUGUUCUUUUUUACUGAAAACACAGCCGUGCUCACAGGUGCCAUCCUGCUAACCCUGCUGGGAAUGAUGCUGCACAUCCACCUGGUGAAGGUGGACCAUGAAUCGGUGCUCAUAAUCGGCUCAAUGGGCAUCCAGGUCUCCUCCAGCUAUGCAUCAGGAAGGGAGACGAGCACCUUCAUUGAGAUGAGCCAAGUCAAAGAUGUGGUCAUUAAUGAAGCAAUUUACAUGCAUCAAAUCAUCUACUACCUUUGUAUACUGCUGAAGGAUCCUUCAAGACCUGAUGAUGUGUCAAACGUGGUGCCGUUGUUUCAGAGCUCAAAGCCAAGGUUGAACUGCUUGGUUAAAGUAUACAAAAGUUGUCAGGAGAUUCUUUCAAAAUGCUGA